CACAAAAGUGAAAGAACCUUCGCAAAAUAAAUUUAUUAACUUGGCAACACAGUCUUUUCAUCGAUAGAUGGAACUACAAAACUGGGCAUAGUUGCAAGGAAAAGGUCCAUCUGAGAAGAGCUUCUUUUAAAAAUACAAAAUUGUGCAAGUGGAGAGUACCUGAAGACUGAAGUUACUGUUGAAGAUCUUUUGAUAGAAGAAGAAGGGAAAAAAGGAUGAAUUUGGGGCAUAUGAAAAUGUUGCUGCAGCAUACAAGAACAAGAAUGUUCUCAAGUUAUUGUUAUGGUACUUCAGCGGGUAAUUAUGGUUAUAGGAUAUCACAACUUGAGCAAAUUGUGAGGGAUGAGUGUAAGUCGGGAAAGGUUCAGAAACUUGAGGAUGGAUUGAGAUGCUUUGAUCAAUUGAUUUUAGAGAGACCAUUACCAUCUGAUUCUACAUUUAAUCAUGUAUUGGGAUCAUUAUCGAAGAUUAAAUGCUAUUCAGAUGUCAUUUUGUUGUAUAAAAAGGUGAUUUUGGUUGGAGUAAAACCUGAUUUGUAUACGUUUAAUAUUUUGAUUAAUUGUUGGUGUCAAUUAGACCAAGUGAAUCAUGGGUUUUGUUUGCUUGGAGAGAUCAUAAAGAGAGGUUAUCAGCCUAAUGUUAUGACUUUCAAUACACUGAUCAAAGGUUUGUGUAUCAAGGAUGAGAUUGAACCAGCAUUUGAACUGUUCGCUAAAAUGACUCACACAGGUAUUCAACCUACUGCAAUUACGUGUACUACCCUUAUACAAGGGCUUUGUAGAAUUGGUAAAGUCGGUCAUGCUCUUCAGCUCAAAAACAACAUGGUGAAAUGGAACUGCAUCCCAAAUGUUGUUUCUUAUUUGGUCAUCAUAGAUGCUCUUUGUAAAGGGGGUCUAGUUGAUAAAGCUUUGCUUCUCUUCUCCGAAAUGCAUAGAGAUUCAAAUGUGGUACCCACUGUAGCUGUUUACAAUUCUUUGAUCAAUGGACUUUGCAAUUCAGAUUACUAUAACUCAAUGAUCGAUGGUCUAUGUUUGACAGGUCGGCUGCAAGAAGCGGUGAAACUGUUUGACUCCAUGAUGGAUAGAGGCCUUCAACCGGAUGUUGUCAGUUGCAAUAUAUUAAUUGGUGGGUACCACAAGAAUCGUAAGUUGGAUGAAGCUAUGCAACUAUUCAAGAAAAUGAAACAAAAUGGAUUGAAACCCGAAAUAGUUACUUACAAUAUAUUAUUAGCAGGACUAUACCGAGACGGAAGAAUGAAGACUGCAAAGAGUUUGUUUAAUGAGAUGCAAACUCUCGGUGUAUCUCCAAAUAUUGUCACAUACGGUGCAAUGUUGGACGGGUACUGCAAGAAUGGAUACAUUGAGAGAGCAAUAGAACUGUUUGAAUCCAUGGAGGAUACUGGUAUCUUAGCUAAUGUUCAUAUAUACAAUAUUCUUAUUCAUGGUUUGUUCAAGGCUGGCAAGUUAGAAGAUGCAAGUAAAAUGUUUAUUGAGAUUCCGAAAAAGGGAUUAGAGCCUGAUGCAGUAACAUAUACCACAAUGGUCAAUGGCCUCUUUCGAAGCAAGAUGUUACUCGAGGCUAACAAAUUAAUCAUUGAAAUGAAAGAUAAGGGUUGCUUACGAGAUGCUAGAGCAUUUGAUACCAUUAUCAAGGGUUUUCUUAUAGAAAAGGAAACUGUCAAGGCAUUGGAAUUUUUCCAGAAGAUGCGUGAAAGAAAAUUUGCACCAAGUGAUUCUGUUAGCUGUUUGUUAGUGAACACUCUCUCUGCAGAUGAGUUAAAAAAUCUCUAGUAUUGUAAUUGCUUAGGUAACAGCGAAAAUCUGAAUCUCUAUCAAGUUUCAACAUAUUUAGAUGAAUAUUGUUUCUUCA